ACAGAACCUUUGGGUCCUCCCAGCAGCUUUGCGAAACGGGUCCUGGUGACCGGGGGUGCUGGUUUCAUACGUGGCUUCUUUGAAACUGCGACUUCUUUAAAACGCUUCCUUCCCAAAGCGAGAGUGCUGUGAUCCACCUCCUACCUGGGGAGAUGCUGACCACCUGUCACUCCUUGCAUCACAUUUGAUUGUCUCUUUAGUAGAAGAUUAUCCGAACUAUAUGAUCAUAAAUCUAGACAAGCUGGAUUACUGUGCAAGCCUGAAGAAUCUUGAAACCAUUUCUAGCAAACAAAACUACAAAUUUAUACAGGGUGACAUAUGUCAUUCUCACUUUGUGAAACUGCUUUUUGAAAAAGAAAAAAUAGAUAUAGUACUACAUUUUGCUGCACAAACACAUGUAGAUCUUUCAUUUGUACGUGCCUUUGAGUUUACAUAUGUCAAUGUUUAUGGUACUCACGUUUUGGUAAAUGCUGCUCAUGAAGCCAAAGUAGAGAAAUUUAUUUACGUCAGCACAGAUGAAGUAUAUGGAGGCAGUCUGGAUAAGGAAUUUGAUGAAUCUUCACCCAAACAACCUACAAAUCCUUAUGCAUCAUCUAAAGCAGCUGCUGAAUGUUUUGUUCAGUCUUAUUGGGAACGAUAUAAGUUUCCAGUUGUCAUCACAAGAAGCAGUAAUGUUUAUGGACCUCAUCAAUAUCCAGAAAAGGUUAUUCCAAAAUUUAUAUCUUUACUACAACACAACAGGAAAUGCUGUAUUCAUGGAUCAGGGCUUCAAACAAGAAAUUUCCUUUAUGCUACUGAUGUAGUGGAAGCAUUUCUUACUGUCCUCAAAAAGGGGAAACCUGGUGAAAUUUAUAACAUUGGAACCAAUUUUGAAAUGUCAGUUGUCCAGCUUGCCAAAGAACUAAUACAACUGAUCAAAGAGACCAAUUCAGAGUCUGAAAUGGAAAAUUGGGUUGAUUAUGUUAAUGAUAGACCUACCAAUGACAUGAGAUAUCCAAUGAAGUCAGAAAAAAUGCAUGGCUUAGGAUGGAGACCUAAAGUGCCUUGGAAAGAAGGAAUAAAGAAAACAAUUGAGUGGUACAGAGAGAAUUUUCACAACUGGAAGAAUGCAGAAAAGGCAUUAGAACCCUUUCCAGUACAACCAUUUAUAUAGUCAGGACUGUUUUCAGAGAAAGAAGAACGUUAUCCUACCUCAACAAGUGAAAUGAAAUCAAGUGACCAAAUGAAGUGUGCUCUUUUCAUUUGGAAUGAGAUUCAUGACUUUUGUAUGAAAUUCAAAUGCAAAAUGCCACAGUCAUUGGAAGAGUUUCAGUAUUGGCACAGGAUUUAAAUAUCAAAAUUCUUUCAGAAAUCCUUUUUCCUGGAAAUAGGGAAACAGUAUGAACAGAAAGACUUACCUUAAGGGUGGACCAGGAAGGGGGGGUCUCCGGGUCCUGAGAACAAAGACAGGUCUAGGCACUGGGCAGAUGGCAGCCUUUGUGGCUUUGAACGCAGUCAGCUUCCCAACCUUUCCCAGUGCCUAGCAAGUCUGUGAAGUAUUUUUAGGCAAUAUAGGAUGAGUCUUAUGCCGUAAUUCAUCUUUUUUAAGAUUUGAUGUGUUAUAAUUGCUUUAAGAAUGGAACAACAUGGAAGCAUAUCUGGCACUUUUUAUCUUUUGAUAAUUUUGUAAAAUUGAUUAA